CCUCUCCGGCAGGGCGGGCGGAGGGCCAGCCCCGGGGGCUCAGUACGGCAGUGACAAGCUCGUGCUCUCUGAGUGCUACACAGCUGAAUGAGGAUUCAUCAAACCGAUGAAAAGGGCUGAGGAGCACGUGUAAGAGGGCCUGGGACCCUGGUUCUGCUAAAAUAUACAUAAAAUGGGAAGAUGAGAAAGCUGAAAAGGCUAAGUUGGAGUGAGGUUUCGUUAACACCAUAGAAUCGUGCUUGUCUGUGAAAUGCAGUUAACGCAUCAGCUGGACCUGUUUCCCGAAUGCAGGGUGACCCUUCUGUUGUUUAAAGAUGUAAAAAAUGCUGGAGACUUGAGAAAAAAGGCCAUGGAAGGUGCUAUUGAUGGUGCAUUAAUAAACCCUAAGGUGAUUGUUGAUCCAUUUCAGAUACUUGUGGCCUCAAACAAAGCAGUUCAUCUCUACAGACUGGGAAAAAUGAAGACAAAAACUCUAUCAACUGAAAUUAUUUUCAACCUUUCCCCAAAUAACAAUAUUUCAGAAGCUCUGAAAAAAUUUGGUAUCUCAGCAAAUGACACUUCAAUUCUAAUUGUUUACAUUGAAGAGGGAGAAAAACAUAUAAAUCAAGAAGACUUAAUAUCUCAGGUAGAAGGUCAUCAAGUUUCUCUGAAAAAUCUACCUGACAUAACAAAUAUUACAGAAGUCAAAAAGAUAUAUAAACUGUCUUCACAAGAAGAAAGUAUUGGAACAUUGUUGGAUGGUAUCAUUUGUAGAAUGUCAACAAAAGAUGUUUUGUAAAAUGACAGAAAUAUUAAGAUUUUUCAUAAGAAAACAUUGAUUUUUCUUUCUUGAUUAUAAAAUGUGUAUGUUCAGGGAACCUGAGUGGCUCAGUCGGUUAAGUGUCUGACUUCGGCUAAAGUCA